CAAUGUUGUUUGGGAUUCCGUGGCGAUCGAUCGUCGGAAGAGUCGCGCGCGCUGCUGAAAUAAAUUUCAGACAUUCACAAAGAAAUAUAUUGCUAGUCAAAAACAAAACAAUAAAAGCACAUACCAUUAAUAAUCCCCCCAAAAAAUUAAGAUUUAAAUACGCAGUCAAAAGUAAAUAAAACACAAAGUAAAUAAAUUUUAUUGGUGAAUAAAUACAGCUCGCUCAGUGACGAGAGUGCUAACACAUUUAAUACGCACAACACAUUCGAGUGCCAGCAAAUAAAGCUGAAACUAGGCCAACAUUUAAAACCAAAUAUUACUCAUACGCCACCGGCACUCAUUCAUUCCCCCAUCUCGGCUAUCAGUUUUUGAAUGAGCCCCAUGAGUGGACUGCGUCAACAGCUGAAGAUGCUGGGAACAGCUUUGCUGGGCAAGCGGGCCACCAAGUCUGUCAAAAAGAAACCAUUUACAGAGGUGGAAAUCAAAGAUCUACGCACAGCAUUUGAUCUACUAGACAGAAAUCGCGACGGCCGCGUCACCGCCAACGAGCUGCAGUUUAUGCUGAAGAACCUGGGCAUAAACGUGAGUGACGAACUCAUACACGAUCUCAUACGUGAGGCGAGCCACUCAGGCAAUGGCUUAAUCAACGAGGCCGAGUUCCUGCAGUGGGUGGGCAGGAUCCAGGCGCUGCGGGACGACCAGCAGUCACAUGAGGACAGCAAGGACAGCAAGCCGGUGGACGAGGCCGAUGAUGUCACCGAGGACUUGAUAGCCGCAUUUAGAGUAUUCGAUCGGGAUGGUAAUGGGUUUAUAACGCGCGACGAGCUGCAGACCGCCAUGGAGAUGAUUGGGGAGCCCUUGAACGAGCAGCAGCUGGAGCAGCUGCUGGUCAUCGCGGACUUGGACCAGGAUGGGCGCAUCAAUUACGAGGAAUUUACGAGACUUUUGCUCUAAGCAGAUUAACGGCCAACAAGGAGGCAUGGUCUUUACCCCGUAACCCCGAAAAUUUCGAGUGGAAUGCAGCCCGAGUUACACCCCUUCAGCGUAAUUGUUAAGCUAUUAAGAAUAUACUCAGACAUGCAGAAAAUAAUAAUGCAACAAAAUGUGCAGAGCGUAAUUGUUUGAAAAUUUUAUACAAAAAUAAAACUUAUUUAUACAAGGGUUUGAAAAAAGUGCAAGGCAGGCCACACACACACCCAUAAAGUUUUAGUUUCAUCAAACACCCACAUACACACACAACAUAUUCACAUGUAAAUUAGUUGCAAAGUUUUGUCGAUUGUAAAAAGUGAAUUAUUCAUUUUCCGUAUGAACUGAGUUAAAUCAUCAUGUGGAAAAUUUAAAUGGAAAACUUUAGACUAAUUUUAGUGGCCGAUUUGCAUCGGAAAUGAUUUAAAUCACACGGAGACACCACACAACAUAAACAUAAAACAUAUAAAAUGCAUAUUCGGAUAAGUCUGAGCGCGUGAGUGAUAUUGUGUUUAGGGUGCUGCAAAAUUAAGGAGCAGGCAAACGGAGAAAUUACCAAUAAAAAUUACAUUAAAGAUAUAUCCAAAUUAGGAGAGGGUCAGCUAAGUGGAUUCAUAUAUUUGUAUUUUAUUGUAGUUAUGCUGCUUUCAAUGUAUGCGUGGUUCAAGUACCCCAAAAACAAACAAAAAUUGUUUCAAAUUUGUUAGAAUAAGGAAAUAAAUGUUAACAAUUUAUAUAAGAAA